UGCUGCUGCUCCUCCUUGUCGACUCUUCCCCCCCCCCCCCUUUCUUUGGCUUCUCCUCUCUCCCUCUCCGUGUCCCUGUCGCUCCUCCUCUGCCCCUGGCCAUCCCUCCCCGGCAAGGAUGUCCGAAGACGCGGGCCUCUCCGACCAGGUGUCUCGCCUUUGUGUCGAGGCGUUCGACCGGCUCCCGCGCAAGGGCCGGCCGGCCGCCGACCAGUGGACCGUCCUCGCGGGCUUUGUGCUGGAAGACACGGCCAUCAAGGCCAAGGUCCCGGCCAUGCGAGUGAUUGCUCUUGGGUCUGGAACGCGGGCGCUGCCCCGGCACUUGCUGCCGGAUGGCCCGCCGGGUCUUGGCACCUCGUCUCUGGCCCCGGGGGACCUGGUGCUGGACAUGCAUGCGGAGGUGAUGGCUCGUCGGUCGCUGGUGCGCUUUCUCCUGCUGGAACUCUGCCAUGCACUUGGGGCGCCGAAUCCCCAGGCGCCCGACACCCCCGCGCCCUUCGACCAGCCAAUCCUCUUGCGCGCGUUGAAGCCCGAUGCCCAGGUGUCCCCCUUCCGCUGGAAUGCGCGCUACCGCCUGCAUUUCUACGUCAGCCAGGCACCCUGCGGGGAUUGCUGUGUUUUCCCCAUGGCCCAGGGGGCGGAGCAGCUGGCCAUCGACUCGGAUUUGAUCCACUUCACAGACCGGCGCUCGGAUGGGCCGGAACCCGCCCCGGCCAACAAACGCCGGCGUCUGGAGCCCGAGGCCUCUGGCGCGCGGGACCCGGCCCAGCCCGCUGAUCCCGGCGGCCAGACCAACAAAACCGGCUCCAAGGCUCUCCCUGGCGCCGGGGACCAGGAUCAGUUUGGCGAGGGCGUCCAUGUUCUGCAGCCGGGCAUUCUGCGCACGAAGCCCGGUCGCGGCCCCCCGACACACACCAUGUCUUGCUCGGACAAGGUGGCCAAGUGGGUCGCGCUCGGGCCUCAAGGGGCCCUGCUGGCGGCGGUCCUUGAGCGCCCAGUUCCCAUCGCCAGCAUUCACAUUGGCGAAAUCUUCGACGAUGCCGCGGCCAAUCGAGCUCUCAUCGGACGCGUAGGCGCCCUUCGCGCCGGCUCCCAUCCGACCGUCCAUCCUGCCCCGAUGAUCUUCGAGCACUCGCUGGCGGCCGUCACACGGGCCUCUCAGCCCGGGACGACCGUGCGCAAGAGCGAAGCCGCCAUCGGCUGGAAUUCCCACGAACCAUCAGUCGUCUGCGCCAUCGCACAGGGCGUCAAUCUUGGUGCCUCGCUCAAGAAGCACCCGGCCUCCAAGCUCCGAUGCUCCCUGUCCAAGGUGUCUCUCUUCGCCCUGGGCGCGGUCAUUCUCUCCCAUCCCAGCAUGGAGUCUGCCCUUCCGGCGGCCGGGCGAGACCUUUUCCGGCCAUUGCGCACACUGUGGCUAGCCCCGGUCUCGCCUGCCGAGGGCCUCAUGCAUGUGCCACCAACCGUCGGCCAGGCGGCUGGCAUGGCCGCCAAAAUGCCCCCCACCCGGACGGCCCCUGGCAUUCGGUAUGCCGAUGCCAAACGCCUUUCCGCCUGGUAUGCCGACAGGCGCCGUGCCCUGCUUUCCGGCCCCUUCCUCGAAUGGCUCGGCAACGGUGGCGCCAGACUCCCAAGCUCGCCUGCCACCGUCCCGCCUCCCCGUGAUUUGCUCUCCUCUGUUCGUCUCUACGCUCGGCGCGAGCCGGAUGAUGCCAGCGUCCAGGACGACUUUCUCCUGCACUGGCCCGCCGACAAGGCGGGCCCCUAGGUAAUAGACCAUGUCGGGGGAGGGGCUGAUCGAUGGAAAUGUUUGAAGAGUGUAUUGCACCCUACCAACGGCUACGGUGAUGUCCACCGCCGCCACCGGUGCUGCUACUGCUGCUGCUACGGCCGCGGUCGUCGCGACUCGGCGGACGAUAACGAUCGCGGUCGCGUCCGCGAUCGCGAUCACGCUCGAAGUCCCGACCGCGAUCGCGGUCCCAGUCACGGUC